GCAAUUUCAACUCAAAAGAUCCAAAAGGAUGGCAGGAGUAAUGAACCAGAUAGUGGUGUGGAUGUCACAUCUCUAGCUGGCCCCGCCUAUGAUCGAGAGCUGGAUGCCGCCGACAUCUCUGAGAAGUCUUUCUUGGGCACCACCGCCUGUAGCCCCUACUGGUUUUUGGAGGGCUCGCUUACAAGAACCAAGACAGCGCUGAGCAAAGAAAAGGCAACUUCUUUUAUUCCUUUGGUGGUGCCUGCUUUUGGCAUUCUGGGAAAGCCUUGGCUACUGGAGUUCCUUCAAGCGAGACGCGAACUGGGCUUGCGCGAGUUGCCGACUUUAGCAUCAAGAGCGCAUGACUUGUCUUUCGUUCUGGUGCCUGAUAUGAUCACUAUGGGACUGGACAAUCAACGGCCUAUGAGUUCGGUCGAGCUUAGCGAUCGCAUGCGAGCACUUCUUUCCAAAGGUUUCAACAGUGACGAUCUUCAAGGCCUGAGCAGCCACUCUCUGAAAGCUACAUUGCUGGCGUACAUAAACAUCUACGGGUGUGACUUGGGAACCAGCGAGCUUUUGGGCCACCAUGCAAACCGCAUGCAUUCUUCUGCUCUCAAUUACACCCGCGACAGCAUGUCUGCACCUAUUCGUGAACUGGUCAAGAUGUUCAGAGACAUUAGCGCGGGGGUCUUCAACCCAUGCGCCCCCAGGGACCAGACUUUUCCUGCAGUUGCUGACAGGAAGCAGAUCACCGCUCUUUUCUUUCAGGAGACGGGCCUGCACAUGAUGGAUGCUGCGCAGAUCAUGAUGGAUGGCGUAGUUUUUGCCUCCCACACCGACAGGUGCAAAGCCACUGACAGGCUGGUGAGGUUGCGUGCUGACUAUUCUUUGCCGACAAUGGGGUUGGUCACCUACCUCACUGAUGAUGAGGAGAUGGCCCUGCGAGGUGUAGCAAGUGCGGACAGUCCACAGACACUGGGUCAGACAGUAGCGUUACAAGCUCCUCCGAUUCGGAAGAGGAGCUCGAGCAGGAAGCUGGAUUGGCGGCCAUUGACCUGUUGCCGACUGGCAGCCUACUAUCGCUUUAAAGGCGACAGUGACCCAGUUUUCCCAAAGUGCGAGAUUUGCUUUGGCAGUGUGCAGGCGGAAAGUGCCCAUGGGAUGUCCAUGGGAUCCGACGAUGUGUCGACAAAGGUAAAUAUGUUGGACUCAGAAGCAGUCUUCGCUUCUCGGGCCGCUGAAAUAGGUCUGAACAACGCUGAGAUCAGUACUGCUGCUACUCUCAGUGUCAACACUCUGGGGCGAUUUGCAUUUGCUGCAAACUAUGUGCCCGGCCAAGCAGAUGAAGGACCGCUGAUGACUUUAAUUGGCAAGGUGUGUGCUCAGGACCCACCGCCAGAGGCGCGGGUACCCUUAGUCAGAAGGCUCUUCUACGAGGCUUACACCAUGGCCAAUGCGGACAUGAGGGCAAGGCUAGAAAAACGAGAUGACGACCCGCCUCGAAAGCUAGCUCAGGCGGAGCGGGCCAGUAGGUACACUGACCAAGUGGCACGGUUGACUGGCCUGGACAUUUCAGGCGAGUUGGAGCCAAGCCACGCCCUUGUGGACCUCGUUUUUCAGAUGAUUGAAGAAAACCAGUUGAAGUAUAUCCGCUGGGAGCAGUGUACAAAACGAGAUCAGGAGUUGAUGGGCAUCAAAUGUGAUCCUACAUGGAAGCCUGACUCCCAGGGGGUCAUCCGAGAAGUCAAAGUGCAACAGGAAGUUCGGGCAGACACUUCUUCUGACCUCAGGCUGAAGUACGCUCUGCAGAGGCGAAGUUUGGCAAUUGACCAAGGACGUCUCUGUGAUUAUGACAAAAUGGAAAAGUGGAGUUGCAUCCUCUUGGAAGCCUACUCCAAGGCGCCCAUUCCCGGCUAUCAACGGGUCACCAUCGAACAGAUCCAACAUGCAGAUAUGGAAAUGUUCAAGUACUUGAUCAAGAAUACCAGAGGCGGAGUUCGUCCCACCGCUGGUAAAGCCCCCAUUGAAACCGCACUUGACACAGCCUUGACCUUGCCAGAGAUCCGUCUUCACCUUCAACCAUUGCCUGCUGGUGCGAAGCGGAAGCUUGAUGAUGAGGACUCCACCUCCAAGCCUUCCAACAUGGACAAGAAGCAAAAGCCGCCUUCGCAAUCCUCUGAGACAGAAAGGUUGCGGCGCCAUGUGGAAAAUCUACAAGGCCAGCUCAGGAAUGUCAAAGGUGGCAAAGGGCGAGGCAAGGGCAAGUCCAAGAAAGGUGGUCAGCUGCAUUCCCCAAUCCGGAUGCCAGCCGAAUUAAUCGGUCAGAGGGCUACCACAGCAAAGAUGGAGAACGUUGCAGCAGGGGCUACCACAUUUGCUCCAAAUGUGGUGAAAACCACAGCCAGCGCGACUGCGCUGUGCCUUGACAGGCACCCUCGAGAAGAGGCUUUCAAGUAUCACCGCCUCCUGCUCCUUGUGGAGGCGCAAGUGAGUUUCAUGGAGCUCCGCUAUGAUUCGAUGGGCCUCCUGCAAUCCAUGCUCAAGAUGCGGGGAAAGCUCUUUUACCUUCACUGCGCGCCGCCCUAUAGCACUGCAAAACGCGCACGUGGGCGCAAGCGGGCCCGCAGGGUUCGCCGACAGAGAGUUCACAAGACACGGCCGUUGAGAAAUGCUAAGUACCCACAUGGUUUCCCUCAGCUCAGAGGCAUCGACUUACUGCGAGUCACCAUCGUCAACUCCAUUUACCGCAAUGUUGCAAAGCUGUGUCGUCUUGCUUUGGAAAAUGGUGCCUUUAUCUCUGUUGAGAACCCGUCAGAAUCCUGGAUGUGGUCUACUAGGCUCUAUGUUCCGAUUUUCAGCUGCAAGCCGUUAAAUUUCAACAUUGCGCUCAUGGAGGACAGCGCCCAAAAUGGAGCACCUUCCUUACAAAUGCAGAAUGGCUUCGAGGCCUCAGUGCAGUGUGUCCUCAAGAUCAUGUUCAUAAAUCGUGGAGUGAAUAUCGAUGUAACACCAAGUUGGAAGCUGAAUAUCCGUUGUUGCUAUGCAGCCGCAUUGCUGACGCAGCUUUUCAACAUGCAGUUUCUCUUGGGUGCCAACCAAUUGAACCCCCUGCUAAACGACAGAAAUCUUCCAGUACUCCUCGUGUCAUGGCUCAAGCAGGGCGGCAGCCACGUGGCAACAAGUACCCAGAACUCAUCUCAGAGUUCAGGGAAACCCUGGAGGUCACCAGAUGAGUUUGUCGAUCUGGCGUGCAACUUGCAACAUCCGUUUGACAACAGUUCUGGUGUUUCUGAUGACCUCAAGCGAAAUUUGUUUUUCCUGCUUACUGCAGGGCCAGCUGCGGUCCAGGACAAACGGGACCAAGUGCUAGGACAUUACAGAAGACGUAAGCAGGAGCUUGAGAGCCAUGAGCUUUCCAUCCACGAAGCCUUGCAGCCACAUCGCGAGCGUGUUGUAGCUGGAAAGAGUUUUCUGCUUUUUGAUGAGAUGUGUAAAGAUGCAGGUGUUGUCGAUCACGGUUUGUUAGAUUUGAUGGUGUCUGGUGCCCCCUUGAUUGGUGAAUCUGGUGUCAGCAAUCUUUUUGAGUUGGAAGACAACUUGCCAGCUAUGAGCCCGGCCCAGCUCAUGAAGUCUUCACGGUGGAGCAGGCGUAUGUUGGCCGGCAGGUGCUCCAACAGCCAAACUGAUGAGGUGGGCCGGGCUGUGUGGCAAGUUACAAUGGACGAAGUAUCAAAGGGGUGGCUCGAAGGACCGCUUUCUGAAGCACAGGUGACGAGCAGACUUGGGCCCUUGUUUGUUGCUUCUCCGCGUUUUGGCUUGGUUCAGAGCGACAAGAUUCGGCCGAUCGACGACAUGUCGGUCAGCCUUGUCAAUUCUGCUUUUGCUGCUAGAUACAAGCUGGACUUGGAUGGUGUGGAUAGUAUCUCAGUUCUCUGCCGCACGGCCGUGGAAGCAGUGCAAGCUGAUAGGCAGGUUGUUUUGGAACUGGAAGAUGGUUCCCAACUGCGUGGUGUGUUGCACGAGUCUUUGUCAGUAUCCCAAGCAAGAUCACUUCAUGGGAGAACCUUGGACUUAGAAGCUGCCUACAAGCAAAUGUUGGUCCGAGCGUCCUCCUUGUGGACUAGUGUGCUACUGGUACCAGAUGGCCGAGGAGGAAAAGGCUACUUCAUCUCCCAGGUCCUGCCGUUCGGCGCUUCUGCGUCAGUCUUUGCAUUUAACAGGGUGGCCCGUGCCAUACACUGCAUAGGUGUCAGGCUGUUCGGACUGAUGUGGCUGAAUUACUAUGACGACUUUCCGCAGGUUGAUCUAUGCUGUGCUGCCGACGCGGCUAUGGUUACUGCGGAAGGAUUGCUUGACCUGUUGGGCUGGAAGUUUUCGCAAAAAGAAUCCAAGAGGGCUCCAAUGGCCACAAAGUUUUCAGCUCUGGGGGUGGAUUUCGAUCUCUCCUCAAGCGCAGAGGGCAUGGUGCUUGUUGCCAACAAGCCUUCAAAGGUUCAACAAAUCGUUUCUCUGUUGAAUGACAUAUUGGAAACAGGCCACUUUCCCCCGACUGUAGCCACUUCUUUGAGAGGGAGGCUGCAAUUUGCUGAAAGCCAAACCUUUGGUAGAGCUGUAGCGUUGCACAUGAGAAGUUGCCAGCAGCGUGCCACGGGAGCUAUGGGUGGUGCAGAGCUGGACCAAUCCAUGCGUGAGGAAUUGCUGUGGGCCAAGAAUUUCGUGCAACUCAGCCCGCCGAGGGUCCUGAAGACACACAUCAGGCAAAAUCGCGUGUUGAUUUUUACUGAUGCUGCGCUGGAAGAUGACGAUCAGAACGCUGGCGUGGGAAUGGUUGCGUUUGUUUGGAGAUCUGGUCAGUUGAAGCACCGGUUCUUUUUCGCAGAAAGUGUACCUGCCGAUGUGUUAAGGGACCUUCAGGUAAAGACACCCAAAGUGAUAGCUGCCCUGGAGCUCCUUGCUGCUGUCAUGGCUGUGGAGUUGCUUCAAGAGUGGAUGACUAACUCUAG